AGACGGACACUUCCAGGCUGUUGACUGACUUCUUUUCCUCUGAGAAACGCAGUCCCACUUUGCAAGAAAGCAAAGAGAGAAGGAAAAAGAGGCAGAGAGAGAGAGAAAGCGGUGCGUGCGUCCUCUGAUUGGCUGAAUCGUGACGGCGUUACGCACGCGGAGCCUGGCGCGCAUAUAUUGGGUGUCAGUCAACAGUUUCCCACUCCGCCGGUUCCCCCGAGGGCACGCGCGGACCAGGAAAGUACCGAAAGGCUUCAGUGUCAUCAGAAUAACCCACUAGAGUCCAUGGCUGUCCUCGCACACAGCAGCUGCCUGUGGAUGUUGGUUGUGGGCGCGUGCGUGUCGCUGGUGGUGGGAACGGACUGUGGGAAGGAGUGUGCACUGUGUGUGUACCGUCUGCUGGGACAACAGUCCGCCUUCUCCUCCCUGACAUGUUCCCUGGAGUGUGAUGGUGGAUUGGACAGUCAGAAGCUCCGCCUCUGCAGAGACAUCCUUCUGGAGGAGGACAACCACAUCCCCCUGGACGAUGACCGUCAACUGCAGGAACAGGAAGCAGCGGGCGCUAACGAAGAGGAGGCGGCGUCACCGGAACACCAACUGGCUAAGAAGUAUGGCGGAUUCAUGAAGCGCUACGGGGGCUUCAUGUCACGCCGCUCCUCAUCCCCAGAGGGGGCGCUAGAGGAACCGGGAAACCAGGACGAGGAAGAGAACGUACGGCUGGAGAUCCUAAAGAUCCUGAACGCAGCAACUGAGCACGGCGCUGACGGAGGUGAGGCGGUAAAGCGGUACGGAGGCUUCAUGCGUCGGGCUGGAGGAGAAGCUCAGAGCGACCUGCUGGAGGCGGUGUUGGGCCGUGGGCUGAAGAAGCGCUACGGAGGGUUCAUGAGGCGUGUGGGCAGGCCGGAGUGGCUGGUGGACAGCAGCAAGAGCGUGGGCGGAGGCAUGUUGAAAAGGGCAUGGGAGAACGGCAGCGAGUUACAGAAGAGGUACGGGGGCUUCAUGGACUAGGACGCCAGAGCUCCACCCCCUUCUGCCUCCUUCCUCCACUUCUUUCCAACCGAUCACCUUGUAGUUUGGACUUGUCAGUGUUCAAAACAACUCCUCACAACUUCAGCUAAUAACUUCGCAUCAUCUUGCUUUGUAUGACGUGCUGCUGCCUACUUCAUUGGUCCAACUGGUCUUGUAACGAUAAAAAGAUAAACAUACAGUAUAUCGAUCAGAUGUUAAAUCAUUUUUUGGCUGACUUUUUGGUCUGUUUUAUUGGUUUCCAUGAUGAUAUUAUUUAUUAAAACAAUCUGUUGAUCGAG